CAGAUUGGACUAAAUAACUUAUUCAUUGGGUCAUUGUAAAGUUCAUAAAGCGUUGUCAGGAAGCUAACCAAUUGGACAAAAGGGUUAGCAACCACAGCAAAAAUGGCAGCUCACUGCAUGGGAAACUUUGGUGCCUAUAAAUUCGCCUAUAGUCGGUUCAUGGACGAUCCUAUAAGGUCACAAGAGUCUAAUAGGAAAGAUGAAGAAACUGUCUGGGUGAAUAAGAGGUAUAUACCGACUGAUUUUCGCAGUACAGCUCCUGUACCCAGGUACAAAAUUGUAGCACCAAAUCUUCUACCUGAGCCUCCAAGAUAUUGGGUACCUCUUGGUGAGGCAUCUCUAAAGACAUUUGAUAGAGCUGGAGAUGAGGAGAGUAUAUAUCCAUCACAACCAAGCAGUAGAUGUGAGGAGUGGUCAACAUUAAGACAAAUGCUUCCAUCUCGUGGUAGGCCAUACAGACACAGUCCCCCUAAUUGGGGCACAGGGGCCAGUGCUCCCCCACAGUGGACAGGGAAGAACCAGGGGAGAUUUCCACAUAUAAACAGCCCAAUGACAAGGUAUACAGAUGAUAUGCAUUUAACUAAUAGACUCUUCAAACUACAUUAG